AUGUGUGACUGUGUCUAUGUAAUGUUACUGUUUGUGCUUUUUAUUGGAGCCUUUGGAGCAGAGGAGGACUCUGCACUCUGUGAGAUGCUGGGGAGCCCAAAGUUUCCUCUGUUAUCUCUGGAAGGAGAUAUCACUAUUGGAGGGACUUUCUCUAUCCAUAGCCAACUCUCAAAGCCCCUGCUCUCCUUCACAGAUACUCCAGAACCUCUCAUUUGCUCCAGGAUAAAUUUAAGAGAAUUUCAUCUUGCCCAAACAAUGAUUUUUGCCAUUAGGGAGAUCAACAAAAGCAGCUCUCUGCUGCCUAAUAUAUCACUUGGUUAUAAGGUAUUUGACAGCUGUGGUUCAACACUGCCUUCAACACGUGCAGUGAUGGGUUUAAUCAAUGGACAGGAAAGGACUUUGGGAAAAAACUGCCAGUCAUCUGUUCAUGCCAUCAUCGGAGCCUCUGAGUCCUCCUCAACCAUUGUGAUGCUACAAAUUACAGGGAUUUUCCAAAUACCAGUGAUCAGCCACUUUGCCACUUGUGCUUGUCUGAGUAACAGAAAGGAAUAUCCCUCCUUCUUUAGAACCAUCCCUAGCGACUACUAUCAGAGCAGAGCCUUGGCAAAACUUGUAAAGCACUUUGGCUGGACAUGGGUUGGGGCAGUUAGAAGUGCCAAUGAUUAUGGUAACAACGGCAUGGCAACAUUCAUCACAGCUGCAAACCAGGAGGGAGUCUGUAUUGAGUACUCAGAGGCCAUCUCAAGGACUGACCCCACAGAGCAAGUUGCUAGGGUGGUCAGAGUGAUCCAAAGUGGUAGUGCAAGGGUUUUAGUUGCCUUCCUUGCCCAGGGUGAGAUGGACAUUCUGCUUGAGGAAGUUUUCAACCAGAACUUGACUGGGCUGCAGUGGGUGGGCAGUGAGUCCUGGAUUACAGCAGUUCAUUUGGCCUCUAAAAAGUACUCUGGAAUCUUGACAGGGUCUUUGGGCUUCACCAUCAAAAAGGCAAAGAUCUCAGGCCUGAAAGAGUUUCUCUUGCAGGUUAAUCCAAGUCAGGAUCCUCAGAAUAAUCUGCUGAGAGAGUUCUGGGAAGCCACAUUUGACUGCAGUUUCCAAUCCAGUCUGCAUGGUCAGACCCAGUGCUCUGGCUCUGAGAGACUACAGGACAUCAACAAUCCUUUCACAGAUGUGUCAGAGCUAAGGAUAUCUAACAAUGUGUAUAAAGCUGUGUAUGCUGUGGCUCAUGCAAUGCAUAAUAUGUUAAAAUGUGGACAAAGCGAUGAAACGGUGAAUAAGUCAUGUGUCUGGAAAGAUAUUUUAGAGCCUAAACAGGUUGUGACAUAUCUCCAAGAUGUGAAUUUCACUCUUCAGUCAGGAGAGAGAGUGUAUUUUGAUAGAAAUGGAGAUCCCACAGCGACUUAUGAGCUGGUGAACUGGCAGAGAAACAAAGCAGGAGAUCCUGUGUUUGUGACUGUCGGGAGCUAUGAUGCUUCACUACCAGAUGGAAAGCAGUUUGCCAUGAACGGAAUAAACAUAAUAUGGGUGAACGGCUCCCCAAAGGAGCCGCAGUCUGUCUGCAGUGAGAGUUGUCUCCCAGGUUUCCGGCAGGCCGUGAUUAAAGGUAAACCCAUCUGCUGUUUCUCCUGCAUCGCCUGUGGUGCUGGAGAGAUCAGCAACUCCAGCAGUUCUGCAGAGUGUUUACGGUGCCCACUGGAGUACUGGUCAAAUGAAGAUCACAGCCAGUGUGUUCCAAAGGUGACAGAGUUCCUAUCUUAUGGAGAAACCAUGGGGGCCCUUAUCACUGCUUUUUCAUUGUUUGGAGCAAGCUUAACACUGAUGGUGUCAUGUGUCUUCUUUCGGUUUCGUCACACACCUCUCGUCAAAGCCAGUAACUCUGAGCUGAGUUUCCUUCUGCUCUUCUCCUUGACCCUGUGUUUCCUGUGUUCUCUGACCUUCAUAGGCCAACCCACUAAGUGGUCCUGCAUGCUGCGGCACACAACUUUUGGCAUCACCUUUGCGUUGUGCAUGUCUUGUAUCUUAGCUAAAACCAUAGCAGUGGUGAUUGCCUUUAAGGCUAAAAUGCCAGCAAACAAAGUUCCUCAGUGCUCAGCUCCGCUUCAGAGAACAAGUGUUCUCAGCUGUACUUUACUGCAAGUGAUAGUUUGUGUGCUGUGGUUAAAUCGUGCUCCGCCACACCCCUACAAAAAUACAGCUCAUGCCACUGAAAGGAUUAUUCUAGAGUGUGAUUUAGGUUCACCAAUAGGAUUCUGGGCUGUGUUGGGGUAUAUAGGACUCCUGGCUGUGCUAUGUUUCAUCCUUGCUUUUCUGGCUCGAAAGCUGCCUGACAAUUUUAAUGAAGCUAAAUUUAUCACAUUCAGCAUGUUAAUAUUCUGUGCUGUCUGGGUCACCUUUAUCCCAGCAUAUGUCAGCUCUCCUGGGAGGUUUACUGUAGCUGUAGAAAUAUUUGCUAUUCUGGCCUCUAGCUUUGGGUUGCUUUUCUGUAUAUUUGCUCCAAAAUGUUAUAUUUUACUAUUGAAACCGGAUAGAAAUACUAAAAAGCAUAUGAUGGGGAGAAACCAACAAUAG